UGUUUUUGUUGCUCUGCUCCCUCUGUGUUUCCCAGCAGGGUGUGAGUGACUCUGCACAGUGUCCCAUGGCUGUGCAGGAGCUGGGCAUCAGCCUGUCCAUGAUAGGUGUCGCCGGGACCAUCCUGAUCUGCGCUCUGCCCAUGUGGAAGGUGACAGCAUUCAUCGGCACCCACCUGGUGGUCAUGCAGGUGUUUUGGGAGGGUCUGUGGAUGACCUGUGUCAGUGAGUACACAGGUCAGCUGCAGUGUAAGCUCUAUGAUGCCCUGCUGGACCUGUCACCAGACCUCCAGGCGGCCCGUGGUCUCAUCUGCAUCAGCCUGUUUCUGGGAUGUUUGGGAUUCCUCAUCUUCCUCCUGGGAGCACGCUGCACCAACUGCCUGAGCCACCCGAGGAUCAAGGCUCGGGUGGUGCUGAGCUCUGGGGCCAUCUUCUGUUUGGCAGCCCUCACCACCAUAGUUGCUGUUUCCUGGACAGCCAAUUCCAUCAUCCAUGACUUUCACAACCCACGCGUCCCCGAGGUGCUGAAGAGGGAGCUUGGAGCAGCCAUAUAUAUUGGCUUUGUGACAUCUGGUCUGCUGUUCCUUGGAGGAGCCAUUCUGUGCACAAGCUGCCCACCACAGAAAGCCAGGUUCCCCUCCACCGGGUACACACUGGCCAGGACACCCACACACAGCAGCUACGCCAUCAAGAACUAUGCAGUCGGGCCUACAGUAAAGAGGAAGAGCAGGCAGGCCGUGGUCAUGGAGCAGCAGCUGGAGCUCGCUGCCCUCGGUCUGGCCUUCACCGGGUGGCUUUGUGCCAUUCUGACUCGCUGCCUGGCUCUGUGGACGGUGAGCGGCACCGUGGACAACACCACCGCUACUCUGCCAGCCUACUGGGAUGGGGUGUGGUUGCAAUGGGAUCACUGGGACUUGGCCCAAGAUGGCAGCCUGCACUGCUCCUUCUACCAGUCUCUCAUGUCUCUGUCUGGAAGUUUUCGGACGUGGAGAGCCCUCAUCAUGGCGGCCAUUGGAGCCGGGGCUUUUGCUGUGGUGAUUGGAGCAGCGGGGUUAGUGUGGUUCCCCAAGCGUGGCCAGAUCAAAGUGUUUUCUGGUGCUCUCUUUGUUUUGUCUGGAAUCCUGCUGCUAGUUCCCACAGCCUGGACGUGCCAUCACACCAGUCAGCCACUGGAGGGUGCUACACUGCUGAGGAGAGACUGGGGACCUGCACUAUACCUCGGAUGGAUCUCCUUUGCUAUGAUGGUGAUCGGAGGGGUGUUUCUCACCACCAGGUGCCCCACCACUGAGGGGCAGGUGCAGCCACCUGAGCAAAGCAGGUAUCCAAACCUGGAGGAGGGGGAGGCUAACCACCCACUGAGCCGAAUCAACAGGGCUGCGUUCACAAGCAGCCAGUAUGAACGCAGAUCAGAGCCCAUCUGAGGGAACUGUGGUGUAAUAUUUAACUGAGUGAUUAAACUGGAAAAUCAACAUGUGAAUAGGCUGUGGACAGACUUAACAGCAGAGGAAGAACUCUAGCUGCACAUGUUGAGUAACGAUGCACUGUAGUAGAAGCACAGCCAUGUGUCAUGUCUUAGAUUUAUUAGCCAGGAUGUGGGUAGGACUUUGAAUUUGCAUCUUGUUUUGCAUCCAUUUCUAUUAAAGUUAACACACAGUUUACACAGUUUAGUAUCAUUUUACAUGCAGGCCUCAUUUCUACAGUUAAAUACCACUGUAAAAUUGUAGUUGUGUCUGUUUGCUUGACUUGAGGCCAUUAUUGGUACUAGCAUUAUGAAAUCACAGCCCUCUGAUACUUCUAAUUCACUGUAAUGCCUUAAACAUGAAAGUGUUAACAUUGAUGUUAAAACUUAACCCUGUACUGCACAGGUACAUUGCCCUACAUUAGAGUAAUGCCUUUUCAUAUUUGUUUUUUUGACAGAGGCAAAAAUGUUUACAUGUGAGAUGAACUCUUCUGCACAAAAGGACACUGUGGAAUAAAUUUCAUUACAAAUGAAA